UUAAACCUUCUUCAUUCUUCAUCAAUCAUCAAAGUUCAAAGCUUGAUUUGGAGAGAAAUGGAUGCGAUUCUAGGUAUUUCAUCAACCUUAACGAUACCAAUUACCUGUUCGCCGCUAAAAUCACAUCUCCGCAGCCAACAAUUCAUACUUUCAAGGCAAUUCAUGAAGAACAUCAACGCCAUCUCUAGCAACACUUCUGUUUCCGCCUCUUGCUGCGAUAAUGGGAUUUCAUCUACUUCAGCUAGAGGAGUUCAUAAACAAAGAAGUGGUUUGGAAUCUCUGUUUUGUUAUGAUAAGGCAAUACCAGAAGAGAUAAUUGAGAAACCAAUUGGUUUAUCUAUGGAUGCUAAAAACAUAGGGGAUAAUCCUAGCUGCCCUGAAUGUGAGUUGAAAGGUGCUGUACUGUGUAAAACGUGUACAGGUUCUGGAUUGUAUGUUGAUUCUAUCAUGGAGAGUCAAGGAAUCAUUGUGAAAGUUCGAUGCUUAGGUUGUGGAGGAACAGGUAAUAUAAUGUGUUCAGAAUGUGGUGGAAGAGGUCAUCUUGGUUUUCAUCACUAAAUGAGUUGCAAUUCUUUUGCUUUAGGGAAUAACCCUCUUCUUCACUUGGUCUAUUGCUGUUUGAGAAGAAACAUUACAACUUCUAUAGAUUAAAUUGACAUUUAUUGAAUAUGUAUUGUUUGUAAUUGUAUGACAUUGUUCAAACUUGGAUUUUUGUUUGUAGAAUAACAAGCACUAUAAUUUGCA